AGCAGGUCGAAACCCAUCAACAAAACCACCGAAUUGGCAUAUUUAUUCCUGUUAUUGUUGUUCCCAUUGGAUUUUCGUUCACACAAUGAGUUCAGGUGUAGCUAUGAGCUCAACAUGUCCUGGUCUGUACUGCGGUCGGAUCAUGGUGAACGACACGGUGGUGGGAGAGUGUGGCGUUUGUCCUCGCGGAGAGCGGGUCAACCCCCAGAAGGUGUGUGAACCCUGCAAGGAGUCCCCAGAGCUGUAUGACUGGCUCUACCUGGGCUUCAUGGCCAUGUUGCCUCUGGUGUUGCACUGGUUCUUCAUCGAGUGGUACUCUGGGAAGAAGAGCUCCAGUGCCCUGCUGCAGCACGUCACCGCCUUGCUGGAGUGCAGUGUAUCUGCUGUGGUAACUCUGCUGCUCACUGAACCUAUGGGGAAACUCAGCAUCCGGUCCUGUCGGGUCCAGAUGUUGUCCGACUGGUACACCAUGCUGUACAACCCAAGCCCAGACUACGUCAGCACUUUACACUGCACACAGGAGGCUGUCUACCCGCUCUACACCAUAGUGUUAAUCUACUAUGCCUUCUGCCUGGUAAUGAUGAUGCUGCUGCGCCCCCUGCUGGUAAAGAAGAUCGCGUGUGGCCUUGGGAAGACGGACCGCUUUAGGAGCAUCUACGCCGCUCUCUACUUCUUCCCCAUCGUCACUGUGCUGCAGGCGGUGGGCGGAGGGCUGCUGUACUACGCCUUUCCCUACAUCAUACUGGUCCUGUCACUGGUCACACUGGCUGUUUACAUGUCUGCUUCUGAGAUUCAGUCCCUCCAGUCUCUUAUCUCCAAGAAGAAGCGUCUGGUGGUUCUGUUCAGCCAUUGGCUGCUCCACGGUUACGGGAUCAUCUCCAUCUGUCUUCUGGAUAAACUAGAACUGUCCCUACCAUUGCUCGCUCUGGUUCCUGGACCCACACUGUUCUACAUCGCCACGGCCAAGUUCACAGAGCCCAGUCGAAUCCUCUCCGAGGGAGGCAGCAGGCACUGACCUCCUUUUUUUGCUGGUUUACCAUCUUUGCUGCUCGUUUACUGUUUAAAGUUGACGUUUGUGUGAAUGCUGCUCACAUCUGCAAACUUUGACUUCUUCCUGAUAAGAGGAAAUAUUCCAACUUGUUGUGAGAGUUCAGCUACUCUUCUUUAAUGUUUUCUGUUUCUAAGAUGACUGUAAAUAUGUCUAUUUGUAAAUACGAAUGUAUUUAUGUUUGCUCGUUACAAAUAAAUGUUUCACAA